UGUCACGUUAUCCUAUACGCAAAAUUUAAAACAAACCUUUAUCCUCCGCUUCCUGCGAAAGCCUAAAACUUUAUUCUAAAACUAAAAUCUCAUUCUCAACGCUCUUCUCGGCUAUACAUUUUUGUCCUCGCAGAAAUGGACCUGGCGUUUACUACCUCCUUCUCCCCUGCAAGAGAUAGAGCCAUUUUCAAGAUUAAGCCUGUUAGCUUAAACCUUAAUAAUGUCACUAGAAAACUGCCCGUUCAGAAAAAGUUUCGCUGCUCAGCAACUGUAGCUGCUGACCUUACUCGGGUUUCUGAGUUUGAGAUAGAGAAGAAAAAGCAUGACCUUUUAAGUGCUACCCAAGACACACAACGAGGGCUUGUUACAACUGCUGAUCAACGCUCUAGUAUUGAGGAGGCUUUGGUGGACUUGGAAGGAUACAACAAGGGUGCGCCAAUUGACUUGGUCCAGUUGGAUGGGACAUGGCGCCUGCAAUAUACUUCUGCCCCUGAUGUGCUUGUUCUUCUGGAAUCUUCUGCUAGACUUCCUUUCUUGCAGGUUGGGCAGAUCUUCCAAAAGUUUGAAUGUCGGGAUCAGUCUAAUGGAGGUAUUGUCCGUAAUGUUGUUCGAUGGAGUAUUCCAACAUUAUUAGAGGAACAAGAAGGUGCCACUCUCCUUGUUUCUGCAAAAUUUGAUGUUGUUUCUGUCCGUAACAUCUAUCUUCAGUUUGAAGAGAUAAGCAUUCAAAACAUUAAAAUCAGCGAAGAGCUUCAAGCUCUAAUAGCUCCAGCAAUACUGCCACGUUCAUUCCUGAGCCUGCAGAUCUUGCAGUUCAUCCUUACUUUCAAAGCACAAAUUCCUGUCACAAACGCAGGAAAUCCAGGGAGGCGAUCAGUGGGAGGACUAUAUUAUCUUUCCUAUCUUGAUGGCAAUUUGCUUUUAGGGCGUGCUGUUGGAGGUGGGGGAGUAUUUGUAUUUACUAGAGCUCAACCUCUUGACUUGUGAGGAACAAGAUUGAUUUAUCUUAUGCCUUCCGAAGCACUUCUCCAGUGCAAACCGAAAACAUGAAUAUGGAAGUGUUGAGAAACGAAUUAAGGGUUCAUCGCUCAUUGGCCAAAUGUGCAUCGGGCAAGAAAUUAGUUGCAAGCGGUUAAGCACGGCUGCCACAUUCCUGAGGCAUUUUGAUUAGUUAAGCCAUUGGGUAGCUCCCGUAUAAAAGAAAGGAAAUUAAAAAAAGACGAAUGAAUGAAAAAGAAAGAAUCCAAAUGUGUAUUUUUAUACAUUUCUUUUACUCGAUGGAUAUGUGAUUCUAUAGUAAGUUAAUACAGAGAAACCAUCGGAAGGUCGUUAAUCUCUGUCGUUUCUAUGAAAAAGACCUACUUUUUCCUUC